AUGCAUUGUGUUCUUGAAAAAGCGGAAAAUCAUUGCGAAAUAUUUUCUCGCAAAUUGUCGAAUGAUAAUCGAAGAAAAGCUUUAUCAUCACUCGACGAUCUCACGACGUCUGACAAAGCUUCGAGAAAAGUUCUCAUCAUCAGAAAUUCGUCGAAUUUGAACUUUGAAUUAAUGCGCAUGUACAACACGUGCUCUGCUCUAAAAGAAUGA